UAAGGCUUAUAGAGCCAUCUGUUGAAGAAAGGAACGAAGUUUAGUGUCAUAUGAUUUUGAUCACAUCAGAAGUAGCGAUUAAUUGACGUUUUGUACUGUUGUGGUGAAUAAGAGUGCGUCACGUCGUUUGUCUCUCAGCUGUGCCGAUAUGUUGACGUCUCUGCGUCGAGCUUGCGGACUUCUUGCUCAGAAAAAUAUUAGAGCAGUACAAACAACAGCAAACUGUGCAUCAGACCAGCUGUUCAUUCACAGAGAUAGCGAGCAUGACAAUCCAAGCAUACCAUUCGAGUUCAAUGAUGCUAAUAAGAGACGUAUAGAGGCACUCCUCAAAAUUUAUCCAGAAGGUCACAAACGUGGUGCCAUGAUACCACUGUUGGAUUUGGCUCAACGGCAGCAUGGCUGGCUACCCAUCUCAGCCAUGCACAAAGUUGCGGAGAUAUUGGAUCUACCACGCAUGAGAAUAUACGAAGUAGCUACAUUCUAUACAAUGUUCAAUCGGAAACCCAUGGGGAAAUAUCAUGUGCAGAUUUGUACCUGUACUCCAUGCUGGUUACGAGAUUCUGACUCGAUAGUCGAAGCUGUGACAAAGGCUACAAACUGUGAGAUUGGUGGCACUUCUGCCGACAAGUUAUUCACAAUCUCUGAAGUAGAAUGUCUUGGUGCUUGCGCCAAUGCCCCUAUGUUCCAAGUGAAUGAUGAUUACUAUGAAGAUUUGACUCCAGAAAGUGCAAAAGCUAUAAUAAAUGCUUUUAAGAAAGGAGAAAGACCUCCACCAGGCCCACAAAACUCUACUAGAUAUGCGGCUGAUCCUGCUGGUGGUCUUACAUCAUUAACAACUCCGCCACCAGGUCCUGGAUUUGGUAUCAGAUCUGACUUGUAAUUGUUGUUCUUAAUAGGAAUAUAGUAUAUAUUAACGAAUGUACGGCAGAUGUUGUUAAUAAACAUAUAGUAAGACAGUGA